AUGCCGACUAGAAGAGUCGUCUUCCCUUCGUCUAUAACCAGCGCCAAAAGGACCAUCGAGAAGAAACAGAAGAAGAAGCAGAAAAAGCAAAAGAUGGCUAUACCCUCCCUCUUCGCCACGCAGCCGCCGCUCCUCGACUCGCUGCAGACAGACACCUCCCGCUCCCAGGCAGAGGUGGUCGGCAGAUGCAUCCCCUUUCUGCGCGGCGAGGAGACCGGCCUGCCCCUCAACAGGCACGGCGUCCAGUCGCUGGCCAGAGAACUGCAUGUAGAGUACCUGCUGGAUGCCCUGGGGGAGUACCCGGGGCGCUUUGUCGGGCUGGACGCGAGCAGGCCGUGGAUGGUCUACUGGGCGCUGACAGGGCUGGCCCUGCUGGGGGAGGACGUCAGUCUUUUUAGAGAGAGUGUAUUUGUUGAUGAUGAUGGUAGGCUGGUUGCUACUGCGGCGCCGAUGCAGAGUGGUUCAGGGGGUUUUGGCGGCGGACAUGGACAGACGGCCCAUUGUGCCUCCUCGUAUGCCAUUACCCUCAGCCUGGCCAUGUUGGAGAUGGCUGGGUCAGCUCAAGCAGGCGGACGGCGGGUUUCAGGUCAGCGUCGGAGGCGAGCAGGAUGUCCGGUCAGUCUAUCUUCUUCUUCUUCUUCUUCUUCUUCUUACUUUCACAUAAGUGAGUUUUCUAACUUCUUCAGAGGAGCGUACUGCGCUAUGGUAAUGAUUGCCCUGCUGGAUCUCCCGCUGGAGUUGCCACUCGAUGCUCCUGCGCGCAAGGCCGGCCUCACCCUCUUCACCACCGGCCUGCCAGAGUACCUCGCUAGAUGUACAUCUCUCUCUCUCUCUCUUACUUUGAGUCUUAUUAGGUACAUUGAUCUGCCGUCGCUGAUAUCAUGGCUCUCGGCUCGCCAGUACGCUCCCGAAGGCGGCUUCUCAGGCAGAACCAACAAGCUCGUCGACGGCUGCUACAGUCACUGGGUCGGCGGAUGCUGGCCCCUGAUCCAGCAGGCCUUGUCUGACCCAACUUCAGACUCCGAGUCCGAGUCGGACUGCGAACCCCUUUCCGCCCUCUACAGUCGCGAGGGCUUGACCAGAUAUAUCCUCAACUGCUGCCAGUCGCAGCACGGCGGCCUGCGAGACAAGCCGGGGAAUGUCCAGCACAGACAUGUCAAUGUCAACUCCAGCACCAGCACUAGCAUCGAUGCAAGCAGUGGCAGUGGCUCCCUCGACGCUGCGUUCGGAUGGAGGUCUUCUCCCCUCUCGAUCAACAACGACGCUGCGGCUGCCGACACGGUGUAUGAGGCUAGAGACCGGCUGGCGGCACUGCACCCUCUUUUCGUCAUUCCGCAUGCUGCUGUCGACGCCAUUCAUUCAUGGUGCAGAGCCAAUCCCAUCUCCAUCUAA